AUACAUACAAACACAUUAAAGUGGGUCCUAAUGACCAUCAUCCCCUCCUGUCACCCGGGGCAAAAAGACCCCUUUCCCUCACCUUUCUGUUGCGAGUUCUGAUCCUAAAUUUUUCAAGAACUUGUUCACACGCUGACAUUAUUCAGUUCACCACCAUAAAUACUAUACUUUCCCUCAUCAUUUUCUCAAUACAUAUUAUGGCUGUUUGUACACUUCUAAGCUUCAUAUGGUUCACUAUACUACUGCUAAUUCAACCAUACCCAUCUUUCGGAUCACGAACACUCAGUGCCAUCGUAACGAACCCUCCGCCGCCGCUCGGGAUAUGCGCCUCGGCCGUAACUAAAUACGGUUACAAGUGUCAGGAAAUUGAUGUGACAACGGAAGAUGGGUAUAUAUUGAGUGUUCAGAGAAUUCCGGUGGGGAGACACGGUGGUGGUGGUGGUGGUGGUGGCGGCGGCGGUGGGAGGAGAAGACAACCGGUUUUGUUGCAACAUGGAGUUCUUGUGGAUGGCAUGACAUGGCUACUAAAUUCUCCGGAGCAAUCUCUAGCGUUGAUCUUAGCAGAUAGCGGUUUCGAUGUCUGGAUCGCUAACACGAGAGGAACCUCGUACAGUCGACGACAUGUCUCUCUUGAUCCCGAUAGACCUGAAUUCUGGAAUUGGACAUGGGAUGAAAUCGCAGCUCGUGACUUGCCUGCUGUUAUCGCUUAUAUCUUCCAACAAACGGGCCAAAAGAUCCACUACGUCGGACAUUCUUUGGGAACUUUGAUUGCUUUGGCAUCCCUCUCAGAGGGUAAACAAGUAGACAAGAUGAAAUCGGCUGCAUUGUUAAGCCCGAUCGCGUACUUGAGCCAUAUGACCACCGCACUCGGUGUUGUUGCUGCCAAAGUCUUUGUUGGCGAGGUUACUAUAGUGUUUGGUCUUGCUGAGUUCAAUCCAAAAGGGGAUGAUGUGAGCCGGUUCCUGAAAGGCCUAUGUGCUGAUCCAAAGGUUGAUUGUUACGACUUAAUGUCCGCCCUUACAGGUAAAAACUGUUGCCUCAACGCCUCGACUGUAGACGUGUUCUUAAGAAGCGAGCCACAGUCUACCUCGACGAAGAACUUGGUUCAUUUAGCUCAAACUGUUAGAGAUGGUGUUUUGGCUAAGUAUGACUAUGGAAAUCCUGCCUUCAACAUAGAACACUAUGGCAUGCCAAUGCCUCCUAUUUAUAACCUUUCAAACAUCCCAAAAGACUUCCCUUUGUUCAUCAGCUAUGGAGGCCAAGACGCGCUUUCAGACCCUAAAGAUGUCGCAAAUUUGCUCGAUGAUCUCAAGUUGCAUGAUGAAGGGAAGCUUAGCGUGCAAUAUAUCAAGGAAUACGCUCAUGCCGAUUUUAUCAUGGGUGUAACGGCUAAAGAUGUUAUUUAUGACAAAAUCAUCUCGUUCUUUCAACGAAAUCAAUAGAGACAUUGAUAUUGAAUGUAACAUUUUGCCCUCUAAUGACAAUAAGUGAUCAUUUAGCAUACGCCAAAAUCAUCAUUUGAUAA